GGGUCAGAUAGGUGUUGCUGAUCUAAACGUUGUUUAACGGUGUGCUUCAAACGAGCCGCUAUACGAACGAACUAAGACUCACUGCAUGCUCUGGGAAUAUACGAAAAUGCGUCGAUCCUUCAUUCAUUGGGCUUUGCUGAUACUACUAGAAAUUGCUGAAGUGCUUGUGUCAUGCCAUCAAGUCUGUUUCAUCGGCCGGGAGUACAGCCCACAAUCUGGUAUCCCACUCCGUUGGUUCUUACCGAACAAAGAUCCGUGCGAAUGCACCGCUAUGCGUCUGGGCGGGAUGCGCAUCCCUGCCUCGUCGUACCGCCAAGGAGCGCCUCGGUAUCUGGAGCAGCUGAUCGUCAGUGAGGACCCUGCUGAAAUACAGACAUUCUUCACUUGUAAAGGCAUUUCAGCGGUGGAAAAGAUAACAACGGACACCUCUACAGUGAUUCAAAGGUUCACACCGGACACCUCCACAGUGGUUGAGAGGUUCACAACGGACACCUCCACAGUGGUUGAGAGGUUCACAACGGACACCUCUACAGUGGUUGAGAGGUUCACAACGGACACCUCUACAGUGGUUGAGAGGUUCACAACGGACACCGCUUCAGGUCCAAUUCGAUACCCUGCACAAGGCAAUUUCAACUCCCCAGUUAAGAAGUUGGAGUUUCACAUUGAAUCUUCGGACACCUCUUACAUGAAGUUCUACGGUGAAACUGGGAAGCUGCUCUUCGAACUUAGGCUGGCCACAUAUCACACCCAAAUUAGUAAGCCAUUUGCUUCUUCGGACCACAUUCAGGAUGCCAUUCCUGGAAACUUCUGGGUAAUUUUCGAUGACACCAACGAUGCUGUAAUUGUGGGAAAAGAAGGAGCCGUGGAAACUGCGACAAUACGCUACGUUGGCAACCCGGGCGUUUUCAGCAUACAGAUAUCUUCUGAAACAUCUGCUGACUGGGAUAUUAACUUUCCAACUAAUUAGCAAUUAAAAAAAGAAAUCGGUGAUCACUGAUGUUAUUAAUUGAUAAAGGAACAACCAAAUUUAUCAUCAA